UCAAGCCGGGCCUAUGUUAACGAUGGUUGGGUACAAACGGGCCCCGUCGAACCCGACCCGUGACCAGUUGGACCCAAUUAUGUGUCCCAAUUUAUAAAUCUCCCCCACUCAACAACAAAACAUGCUAAAUUACGGAGAAUGUGUGUGUGUGUUUUCUUGUCAUUAGCUUAGCUGCAAUUGACGGUGUGGGCCCCACGCGCAUUACCAGCAGAAAUUCAGUCACCACCAAAAUAAGAAAGACAAUAAAAAGAGAAUCACCGAAAUUAUUAAUACGAACAACUGUAUUAAAAUUAUUUUUCUAUCCAAAUUGUUUCUAUAUUUAUAUAUAUACCCCCCACAUUUCUGCACCACUAUCAAUCACCAUUCAUCACAAUUUUCAUUUUCUUCUCUCUCUUUCUUCCAAACUUCAAAAAAAGAAUAAAAAAAAAGAAAAUGGGAAAUUACAUUUCUUGCACCUUGCCGGGGGCGGUGAGCAGGAGUACGAUCAAGGGUACGAAGGUCAUUUUCCCCUCCGGCGAGACACGGCGGCUGCACGAGCCGACGAAAGCGGCGGAGCUCAUGCUGGAGAAUCCGAACUCCUUCAUCGUGAGCGCGAAAUCUCUGCAGAUUGGGAGGAGAUUCUCCGCCCUGAACGCCGACGAUGACCUCCAGAUGGGCGGCGUCUACGUGUUUUUCCCGAUGUCGCGGCUGAAAUCGGCGGCGACGGCGGCGGAUUUGGCGCCGCUUUUAACCGCGGCGAACUCGACGGCGGCGAAAAGGGCGUCGAGAAUCUCGCCGGAGUGCGGCGGCGGUGUGUGCGUUGUGGAGACGACUAGCGUGAAGUGUUCGGCGGGGAAGCUGAAUUUGGACGAUUUUGAAGAGUUUUCGACGCCGGAGUUUAAGCACAGAUUGUCUAUGAGCAGGUCCAAGAAACCGUCGCUGGAGACCAUUGAUGAAGAACCACUGUGUGUGAGAUGAGAUCUUGUGAUCAAAGAUUAACGGCUGUGAUUUCACUAUUUUAUAGAGAUUAACUCUUUUCAUUUUUUUUAUUGAUAAAAAGAGUUUCUUUCAA